UUAUUUUUAUUUUAGACAAGUGAUAUGUAAUUGUGGCAACUGACAAAGUCUAGUUCUACAAGUACACACUAUAGUGGAGUUCUACAAACUCUGGUCCAAGGAAAAAAUGCACUUAUGCACACCCAUUUUCAUGGGGCGUGUGGGACUCAUUUACUACCUGGUUGCCUCGUUCAUAGAGGGCCUGGGUGGUUCAAUACCCACUAAAACCUCAAGGGCAGUAACCCAGUUUUGUGUUGGUUUAUUUAUUGUUAUUGUUUCUGACCAUGUGGUAGAGAUUAGAUUCUUGAAAGCUUUGGUGCGUAUUAUCUUUUGUGCUGUUAAUCUGUUGCAUUGUAAUCUUUUAUUUAUCUUGGACAUCCAUUGGCUCUCGAUUUUUUCUUUUGAAUAUCUUGUUCCAUUUAUUGUGGUGUCACAUUGUAGGGCCCAUAUAAGGUGGGUGGAUUCUGAUAUUAAAAUUUGUAGUAGUCUUGAUGCUCCUUUCUUAGGUUCCUGGUGUUGUUGUUGUUGUGAUUGUUGGUCCUGUUGAUGUUCAUUCCUUUGCUGGGUGAGUUUGAUAUUUCCACAGCCUAGGAUUGUACCUAGUGUUAUAUGUGGCCAGGGGCCGUUUGCAGUGGGCUGUAUUUUCUUCACUAUGUUCCAUAUGGUUGUUUGAGCGUUUUCAGGGCAGACUGUUAGUAUGUGCUCCAGGUCUUUGACAUCAGCAUGGCAAUGGGUGCAUUUUGUGUGGAUCUCAAGGGUGGGGAUGUUUGACCAGUAUUCGCCAAUUCUAUGGGUGCUGUGUAGUGCUUUGAAGAUGAAUUGCCAUAUGUUUUUUGGUAAGUCUUUGUUUUUGUUGCCUUGCCAUAUGCUUUCGUCUGUUUCUAGGUUACCUGUUAUGUUUUGUAUCGUGUAUCUUGUUAUAUCAAGGUUGUUUGUUGUUGCACAUCUUGCUGUUGUUUUUUUCUGUUAUCUGAUUCCUUUGUAUGCUAAUGCUUGGGUCAUGGUGGCUAAUUUCACUCCUUGUAGGUUAAAUUCAUUAGGGACUGUUAGGUCGAUGGGGUCUUUGGUUGUUUUGUCUGCUCCUUCUUUUGUGAGAUGGUCAGCUUGGUCAUUUCCAUACAGGCCGCUAUGUCCUUUUACCCAUAUGAAGCCUGUUUGAGCUGAUCUUUUUCAUAGAUGGUAUGUGGUGGCUUUUAUAUGAGCACUAUUUGCAAUGCCAAUCCAGCCUGCAUCUUCCCAUGUGGGGAGGAAUUUUGUAAGACUAUUAAUGGCGUAUUUUGAGUCUGUCAUAAAGGUUAUGGGUACAUAAGGUUCAAUUUUCUGUAGUGCUACUAGGAUGGCUAAGAUCUCUGCAGUUUAGUUGGAUUGGUUGUUCCCAGGUAUUCUGAUCGAUGCGUUGAGGGGGUGGUCGUCUUUGAUCCAUAUUCCACAUCUGCUCUUCACAUUGUCUUUACCAUUGUUGGUGCAUGACCCAUCAGUGAAGAUGUUUAU